AUGGUGACAGGAAGUCUUCCUCCCGGAGGCAGGCGCGGCCCCUUUAAGAGAGGCGCGUGCGCGCAGGGGCGGUGACGCUGCGCGAGCCCGCGUGUGAGGGGGAGCCAAGAUGGCGGCGGCCUGAGGGCAGUCAUGGCGGGGGCGGCGCGGCGGCUGCUCCGCAGGGGCUUGGGCGUGGCGGCGGGGCCGCCGAGCACCCGCCAGCUGCGGGAAGCCGAGGAGGCCGUCCCGGUGUUCCAGUACGCGGGGAAGGCGGCCAAGCGCAAGGACCGCGUGUUCGUGUGGGGCUUCAGCUACUCGGGCGCCUUGGGCGUCCCCAGCUUCGUGAAGCCGGACGCGGGCUGGAAGAAGCCGCGGCGCGUCCAACCCACGCCGUACCGCCUGGAGACAGAGGAGAAGAUAUCCUCUGCUGCCUGUGGUUAUGGAUUCACACUGCUGGCUUCUAACACCAGAGACAUCACCAAAGUGUGGGGCAUGGGGCUGAACAAGGAUUCCCAGCUUGGAUUCCAGAGAAGCAGAAGAGAUCAAACUAAGGGCUAUGAAUAUGUGUUGGAACCAUCUCCAAUUCCAUUGCCACUGGAGAAGCCGCAGCAAACUCGAGUCUUGCAAGUGUCCUGUGGGAGAGCCCAUUCCCUGGUCCUGACAGAUAGUGAAGGAGUUUUCACAAUGGGAAACAAUUCUUAUGGACAGUGUGGCCGGAAGGUUGUUGAAGAUGAAAUUUACAGUGGAAGCCAUGUCAUUCAUCAGCUGAAGGAAUUUGACAGCAGAGUUGUCCAGGUUGUGUGUGGGCAGGACCACAGUCUGUUUAGAACCAAGAAGGGUACAGUCUAUGCAUGUGGAUGGGGAGCUGAUGGACAAACAGGUCUUGGACACUAUAACAUCACCAGUGUUCCUACUAAGCUGCAUGGUGACAUUGCUGGAGUAAACAUUAUCCAGGUCUCUUCCUAUGGGGACUGUUGUCUGGCUGUUUCAGAUGAAGGAGAUGUCUUUGGUUGGGGAAAUUCAGAAUACUUGCAGUUGGCGUCUGUCACAGAAACCACACAGGUGAAUGUUCCCAGGCAUUUGCCGUUCAAGAUUGGGAAGGUAAAGGAGGCUGCCUGUGGAGGAACUGGCAACGUUGUGCUGACAGAAGAAGGAAAUGUUUUUGUCUGGGGAUAUGGAAUUCUUGGGAAAGGACCAAACCUAAUAGAGACAGCAGUGCCAGAGAUGAUCCCACCCAGCCUUUUUGGCUGGUCAGACUUCAGUCCAGACAUCCGCGUUGCUCAUGUUCGCUGUGGACUCAGCCAAUUUGCAGCACUUACAAACAAAGGAGAACUGUUUGUGUGGGGGAAGAAUCUAAGAGGGUGCCUUGGAACUGGAAGAAUGGAAGACCAGUAUUUCCCAUGGAGGGUGACGGUGCCCGGUGAGGUGGUGGAUGUGGCCUGUGGAGUUGAUCAUAUGGUCAGCAUGGUCAGGUCUUUUAUCUAGGGAUGCUGCUGGGUCUCAGCACUGUACCAGGGAGGUGCAGGGACUUGGUGACGAGCUUCUUCUAAAGGAAAACUCAUGAAACCGAGUGACUGUGAGCAGAGA